GGCGCCUGCCAUUCCCACCACCACCACCACCCAAAAACCCCCGUUCCCCCAAAACCCCCGACCGAUCCCCAAUGGCUGCCGCCGGCCGCAAGCCGCCGAAGCGGCGCCGUCGCAAGAGCCGAGGGGCCCGCUGGAGCAAGUCCCCGCGGCGGCCGCCGCCGCCGCCGCCGCCGUCCGCGCCGCCGGGCUCCUCCUCAUCCUCCCCCGUGCCCGAGCCCCUCCCCACCGGCGCCGAGGUCGAGGUCCGCGUCGACGCCCACGGCUUCGGCGGCUCCUGGUUCGAGGCCACGGUCGUCGGCUUCGCGCCCGCCCGCGGUCCCCGCACCCCGGCGCGCUACACCGUCACGUACGAGCACCUCCUCGCCGACGACGGCGGCGGCGUGCUCGCGGAGCACUUCGCGCCCACCCACAUCCGCCCGCGGCCCCCUCCCCCCUCCGAGGACUUCCCGCCGCGGUUCCGCCUCCACGACAUCGUCGAGGCAUUCCACAAGGACGGGUGGUGGUCGGGCAUCGUCGUGCGCGCGCCGGGCUCCCCGGACCCCGGCGCCACCGUCACCGUCGCGUUCCCGCUCACCCGCGAGGUCAUCCCGUUCCCGCCUCGCCUCGUCCGCCCCCGCCGCGACUACGUCGGCGGCGGGGGCUGGGUCCCCUCGCGGUCCGUCGUCGCCGUACGGCCCGAGCGCAAGGUUAGGGUGUACCAGGUCGGGGAGAAGGUCGAGGCCAGGAGGGACCGGGACGUCUACGGCUACUCCUGGUUCCCCGCGACGGUUUCCAAGGUCGUCGACGACUUCAGCUACAUCGUCGAGUACUUCGAUUUGGACGAGGAAGGGGAUGGCGGGACGGAGAAGGCCACCGAGUACCUGGAAUGGCGCUUCAUAAGGCCGGCUGUCGAGCAUUUGCCUCAUCCCAGCGAGUUCCAGCUGGUUCCUGGCGCCGCUGUGGAGGCCUACUGCGAUGGGGCGUGGUCUCCGGGAGUGAUCUGCAGGGCCGUUGGGGACGGUGAGUUUGAGGUCAGUAUCCUUGGCAAGAAGGCGGAGCAGCUGGUGACCAGGGUCGUGGAAUUGCUAAAGCCACAGUACAAGUGGGAUGGCAAGCAAUGGAAGAUUGUCGCCGCUAAGAGACGGGCUAACUUGAGGCGGCAGUCUAUGAGCGGACAAAAUCUAAGCUCACCUGUUGAUUUGCUAUCAAACAUUGAUGACUAUACUCAUGACCCUGAAUCUGCUGGCACCAAAAAGUCGAGGAAAAAAUCUCAGCAGCUUGAUGUCCUGUUAGCUGAAAAUUCUGGUUCUCUGCUCUCUGAAAAGAAUAGUCUUCAAGUGACUUCCCACGGGGUAGUGAGUUCGGUGCCCAUGAAUGGUCAUCUUUGUGCUUCUCCAGGACAUUCAACACCUCAGAAUGAAUCAAUGCCAAAUAGUACUGGAGAAACAGUGGACAAUCAAGAAGUCCUAUCUGAGAUGAUGGAUUCUGAUGGUCAUCUUAAUACACGUGUGUUUGGUGCAAGUGCUGGUGAUGCCCAUGAUAUGCUUUCCAUUGCAGAGCUAAGAAAGAACAUGGCUUCAGCUCGCAGAAGCAGUUCUGUCCAACAGAUACAGAAAAAAGUGGACAAUCAAGAAGUCCUAUCUGAGAUGAUGGAUUCUGAUGGUCAUCUUAAUACACGUGUGUUUGGUGCAAGUGCUGGUGAUGCCCAUGAUAUGCUUUCCAUUGCAGAGCUAAGAAAGAAUAUGGCUUCAGCUCGCAGAAGCAGUUCUGUCCAACAGAUACAGAAAAAAGUGCUCUCUGUCAAGACACUCAAGGUGAAGAAAGGCAUAUCAAAAAGUAAAGGGACCAAAACACACCCUAUUCUGGAACUUGAGGGGAAAAAUGAUGCCUCAGAUAACAUUCAGUUGAAAGGGAACAUCGAUUUCUCAAGCACUGUCAUUGUCUGUGGUUUGAACGCCUCUGUGGAAGACCAAACUAAUAAAACACCAGAUAGGCGGGUGACAAGACAGACUAUUAGGGGUCCAAGUUCAAAGGUGCUUACCUGUAAGAAAUUGGCUAAACGGAAAGGACCCAGAGAACUGUGUAGUCCACUUAGCUCACUGGAUGUGACUAGUACCGUCCAGCAGAGAGGAAGAAAGAAACUGGCAGGCCCAAUGAAAGAAUCCCCCUUAGCAGAGCAGCUUGAUAAAACUUUGGAGGAUACACUGAACACAACUGAAUUAUCAGAUCAGGACACUAUACCCAUGAUACCUCCUGGCUUUGAAUCAAUGUAUGAUGGAAAAGGUGUUGACAUACAUGGUAGUCUGUCGGAGGAAGAGCCAACUGCUAUAAUCGACAGCAUCAGUCAAGUGAACCUAAAUGCUGAUGCAGACCAUGCUGCUACCCAAGUAGCUAAAAGCAACCAUCUUAUGGAGACAGGUAUCCUAUCUGUUGAUCAUCCAGUUCCAAAGGCUGGCAGGAAAGUGGAUGAGAGGUCAAUCCUACCACGUCUUCAUAAUGCUAGCAGCUCACAGUGCACCAUGGACAAUUCUUCAUUAAGGAGCUGCUCUGCUUCUGGGAGCUCUAUGCCUUCGCACUUGCCUGCCUCUCAUGUUCAGUUCGUUAAGAACUCACCUAUGUGGUCUUUAAUUGAAGAAAUGAAUGUGUUCUGUGAGGUACCACAACACCCGCAUUUCCUUCCACUCCGACAAUUUCCACCAGGACUGCGUGAAGGAAUGGCAUUAGGUCUGAUGGUGUCGUUUGCUGACACAGUGAAGCUUAUAACACAAGCAAGCAUAGACCACAGCAUGGAAUGGUUUGAGGACACGAUGAAUACACUGAGCCAUCUAGAGAGAAAUGGAUUUGAUGUCCAAUUUUUGCAGAGCACCCUGACCAAAUUGCUCCACAUAAAAUCUGAUAGCACCAAUUGUCUUGGAGAAAUACAGAAGCUGAAUUCCCAGAUUGUGGGGGUGACAGCUUCCUCCUCCCGAAUUGACAAACUGCUCGAUGAGAAGGAUAGAGCUAUAGCUGAGCUGGAGCAGAAACUUGGGCGCCUUCGCCAGGAAUCACAGAAGAUAGCAAAGGACAAAGAGCAUCAAGAAGUGGAGAUCUUUGGACUCCAAUCAGCACGUAGCAGGUUUGAGGAGGCACACAAUGAUGCCAAACGACAGUUCCACAACGUCUUGGAUGAGCUGCGCCAGAAGCGGCUAACCUAAUGCGCGAGCUUUGGAGAUCCCUCGAUGUUUCUAACUUAACACUCUAUUGACUCGCUUCAGGGCUGUAGGUCCUAAUGGUUAUCCAGAUAUCGUGUGGUCUUGGAUGAUCUGUUUAUGGUCAUUUGGUACCCUAUUAUGUAUCUGUAAGCUGCUCAUGAUGGCUGACUUAGGGAGCCUUAUGAAAUUUCGACUAUUUAUAUUUGCUAGUAAUUGGAUCAAACUUGCCAGCUAUCUGGACCGUACCGUACUUAUUGACCUGUGGCUGUAAUCAGUUCCUGGGCAACCUGUUUUCGUUUUUGGACUUC